AUGUAUUGUAAUCAUUCAUCUACAGAAGGUCCACAACAAAAUAAGUUUUUAAUAAAUUUAUUAUGGGAACACUUUUAUGAAAAAGAUGGUGUUGAUUUAUUAUCUACAAUAGAUAUUAUGCCAGGAACAUUGUCAAAUGAUAUUUCAUGUCGAAUAGCUCAUAUUCAAUAAGAUGUUGGCCAAGAGUUCCAUUCAACUAGUGAAGCAAAACGAAAUCGAUAUGCGGAAAGAAUAAUUAAACGAGUUCGAGAAUCUGUUAGCUCAGGUACUAAUGGAAUAAAAUUAUAUUUAACAUGUAGUUCUUAUGAUACGGAUGGUUUUAAUGAAAACCUAUCGAAAGAACCUUAUGGAAAAUUCGAUCUUGAAAAACUAUCUGAUGAUAUCAAAAAUUUGCCACACAAUUUUCAUGCGAACCGUCUGCAAAAAAUGUGUGUGACUGCAACUGCUAAAAUUAUCAAUAGCUGUUUUCGUCGUGGUUAUGUUGUCAAUGUUAUGAAAUAUAAAAUAUAUGCUGGAGUAGCUGCUGUCAUACCAUUUGCUGAUUUAAUACCCAGAUAUUUAGAACGCGAAGCAAUUCGUCAGGCCUUUGGAAUCAACAGCCGUUCACGUUUCAUGGUUUGGUGGACAGGUCUAAAAGAUGAAUUGAAAGAAUAUUUGGGGAACUUUAACAUUGAAGUUGAUAAGGAUAGUUUGACAACAUCAGCGUUCAAAAACACAUUUCAAUUACGAAGUCCUGCAAUUGAAACUAACAUAAACGCUGGAACAUUCAUUGUCAGUAGACCUGCGGCAGCUGUUGGCAUUGCUGGUGUUGCCAUUUCUGAUGAUGUUCUUAGACUCAGUGGAGUGGGUGCAAUUAAUGCUGUUCGUGGUUUAUCUAUUUCUCUCAUUGUUGUCGAUGUAGCUCUUACAGCGACUAUGUGUGCUUGGUCAGCAGUAUCUAAUGGCAAACAAAUGUAUAAUUAUUUAAAUCGACUAUGUGACGAUAUUAUACUUAUUAGUGAACCCCUGGCAUUGAGAAUUUUGAACGGUAACGAUGACCUAAGUGAAAGCUUUCUAAUUGUAAAUGAAUAA